UCCGUUUCCAAAAACUGUCAGACUGACCGGGUGGAGAAUGCAGUAGAUAAAUGCAUCGUUUCUAUCUCCAUUUCUUUUCUAUAAUAAUUCGAGGCGUCCAGCAGAUUCGUUUAAUGAAUGAAAUGAAAGGGAAACUCUAAAACAAGUUUAAUCUCAUCAUUACACGGAGAAGAGAGAGUGUCUUCCGGACUGUUUCGUUUAUCAACGCGGGAUUUUGUUGUGGAUACUUUGCCCGGUUCAACCUUGUGCCGCCAAUGACAAGUUCAGCACCGCGUAACAUCCAUCUCACUUUUACAGGACUACCAUGGGGCUUUGGGUAUCAAUGAAGUGGACAGAUUUCUCGUUUUCUCUUCAGCAUCCGAGUCCUUCAGCAUCGGAGUCUGUUGAAGCCGGUUUAACCUGUACUACUCAAUUGUCACGUGUAACGAAUUAAAAUAGUAGCCUACAAAACAUAUUUGCUGAAAUAUUCUUUCUGGACUGAGAAAUCUAAUUUAAAGCCUGAAAUCCAAGAUGACAUCGGAGGUCAGCCAGGUGUCAUUGAGUGAGCUUCCCAUGGACAACUGGAUGUCCCAUCUGCCCAGUGCACUGUGGGAUACCCCUCUCUGUCACAUGGCAAUUCCAGGGAGCCAUAAUACCAUGACCUACAGUCUGGAUAAGAAUGACCGCUCUCCAGUGGACUUCACUCAACCAGAUAUGUUGAAAAAGCUGGACAAGUACAUGAAACCCAUCAUAAGGCCAUUUGUAUACAAGUGGGCAAUAUCACAGGAGUCUAGCAUUAGGGAGCAGUUAGAUUCCGGAGUGCGAUACUGUGAUCUGAGGAUAGCACAUCGGCCUAAUGACAGCUCAAAUGAUCUCUACUUCUACCAUGGUGUUUAUACCACUAUAACUGUGGAGAUGGCAUUAAAAGAGAUCAGAGAGUGGUUGGAUGUUCAUCCAAAGGAAGUUGUCAUCCUCUCAUUUAGCCACUUUCUGGGCCUCAAUCAAGAGCUUCACACACUGCUCGUCUCAACUAUAAAGAGCAUUUUUGAAUCCAAACUGUGCCCCAAAAUGGAGUGUGUGACACUACAGAAAUUAUGGAGCCAGGGUCAUCAAGUUAUCGUUUCAUACGAGCACGAUAUUGCUAACUGCCAAGGAGAAUUGUGGUUCCAUAUACCUUAUUGGUGGGCAAACAAGUGCAAAGCUGAAGCGCUGAUCGAGGAAUUUGAACGUAGGAAACAAAAUGGCCGACCAGGCAGCUUCUUUGUGACUGGCAUCAAUCUUACUGAAGAUCUGAAGUACAUUUGCUCCCAUCCCACAGACUCACUGAAAGAUAUGGUGAUGUCUGCAUAUCCCGCAUUACUUAGUUGGGUCAAGCAACAGAAGCCUGGUUCUAACACUGGUUCCCUCAACAUCAUAGCUGGGGACUUUGUGACAGAGAGCUGGUUCAUACCAACCGUCAUUGCACUGAAUAAAAAUCUGCCUUGAGCCUCUUUUAGUCUGCACAAUGUAUUUAACAUUUAAAGAAAGAAGUGUUUCAUGUUCUUGUGAUGGUUUUUUAUACUAGUCAACUUUGCAUUUUUUAUGAGGGUGCUUACACACUAUUUAUGCUCCGUCAGCUCCAUUCAUUUUAAUAGGGAUGGUGCAUUGAAAGGAU